AUGUCGAGAAUAUUCAAAUUAAUCGUGCUAGCAAUAAUUUUGGAUUGUGCUUUAUUAGUGACUUCUGACACACUCUCAGAAAUCCCAAUGCCAAAGGGUGCAUCGUGUCCUCAAUCCAUCAUUCGACCAUCUCUCCUGUUCUAUCUCGCACCUAUCUUCAUUGCGUUUCUGAUUCUCAACAAAAACAUCACAUCGGAUAUCCGGCACAUGUAUGGAAACUAA